CUCGCACCGGCACACGCUUCCACCCACGCCACGCCGUGUGCCCUGCGCCCCGCUCGGCAGCGCAUGGAUUCCCCGUGGUCCAUCGCCGCGUCGGGCUCGCGCUCGCCCCCGCCAGGGCCAGGACUCGGAGGCGGGACCGCCGCCUUGGGCCCACCGCCGCCGCACUCGGCGGCAAAGCCCAAGAGGGCCCACCGCGACGAGGGCAGGUCGAGCAGGGAAUCGAGCCGGCCACCACGCCGCCGCCUCUCGCCCUCGCCGCCCCUGCCGCCCCUCGCCAGCACAAGCGCCUCGACCAGCCGGUCGCUCCCUCCUCCUCCUCCUUUCCAAUCCUCCACCACCACCGCCAACAACGCGGCCUCCUCCACGACGACCUCGCGCUCCCGCCGCGCGUCGCCGUCCCUCUCGAGUCGCGCACCCGGCCACGGGCCCGGCGCGUACCCGUACCCGUACCCGUACCCGCCUCGCGACCGCGCUCGCUCCCGCCCGCGCUCCCUCUCGCCGCGCUCCUCCUCGUCCCUCCCUCCUCCUCCUCCUCCUCCUCCAACCGCCGCCACCACCGAGCGCGCCCCUCCGCCCUCGACCGCCCCGCAAGCCCAAGCCGGCUCGUCGUCGCUCCUCCCGCAGAUGCUCCACGGCCGCAGGGACCAGGGCUGGGGCGACCGCAAGGCGCGCGCGCUCCUCUCCGAGCGCGGCGAGGCGGCGAGGGGCGAGGGGAGGCGUCGCGAGAGGGACAGGGACAGGGAGCGCGAGAGGGACAGGGAGCGCUCGCCGCGAGACCGAGACCGCGACCGCGACCGCUCGCCGCGCGACUACCGCCCUCGCGAGCGCGACCGCGACCGCGCGCCGUCGUCCUCGUCCUCCUCGCGGUGGGACCGCGACCGCGACCGCGACCGGCCGUCGCCCUCGGCGCCCUCGGAGCCCACCGCCUCUUCCUCCUCCACCGCCGCCGCCGCUGUCGGGGCCUCGGGCGCAAGCGCCGACUCGACUAGCGCACCAGGCCCCUCUGGGAGCCCUCGCGCCGCACCCGCAUCCGCACCCGUACCCGGACCCGUACGCGCGCGGCCCCUCGCGCUCUCGCUCUCGAGCCGCGGCCCUCCCGCCUUCACCUCCCUGAGCGCCACGCCUGGCCCGGGCGCGACAGUGCACCUGCCGGACCCUGCACGCGGCG